CGUAUGCUUUUGGUUUUAUUCAGAUAAGGUUGUUUAUCAGUUCCCAAAUAUCAAAGGACGUCUAGUCAAAUUCUUUAAAAAACUUUUAAAAAUGUAACUUUUGACAUUAAUACAUAAAAAUAAGAGAAGAUAUUUGGUCCAAUGAAGCUUUGAGCUUAUAAACCAGGGUGUGUGUAGCACCUAACUGUAUGUGUGAAAGAGGAAAAGUUAGUGAGCGUGUUAUGUGUGUGUGUAAUGAGCUGAAGAUAUACGGGAGGAAGUGCGAGUAUAACUUCAGUUCCCAGAGGCCCCGGCUGGAGUAAAGGUGUGGAGGUAUCAACAUUGUGCAUACCUAUCUUUAUUAUACGGCCACAUCUCCUACGUGUGUUUAUAAAGAAAGUUCAACAAGUAAAGGAGAGGGAAAAGGAUUGCAGAUAUGGGAAUUCAGAUGAAAGCUCUAAUAUUGGGUGCUGCAAUGGCAGCCGUAGCUUGUACAACCAUCAUCGCUUUGAUUCUCUCUCUUGCUAAUCAUCAGUCUUUGGAUCAGCCAUACUCAACACAGUAUGGGAUUGUGUUUGAUGCCGGCUCGACUCAUACGGCCCUCUUCCUGUACCAGUGGCUGGGGAACAAAGAGAACAACACUGGAAUAGUCUCUCAGAAACAGAGCUGUGAUGUGGAUGGUGAUGGCAUAUCAAGCUAUGUCGAGAACCCACCAGCAGCCGGAGAAAGUCUUAAGAAAUGCUUGGAUGUUGCCAAAGCAGUAAUACCAGAAGGAAAGCGGAAGGCUACACCUGUGUACCUUGGUGCCACUGCUGGCAUGCGGCUUCUUAGAUUACAGAACCAAAGUCUAGCAGACAGCAUCCUCAUAGAAGUCACCAAAACAAUCCAAAGUUAUCCAUUUGAUUUCCGAGGGGCCAGAAUACUCUCUGGCAUGGAGGAGGGGACUUAUGGCUGGAUCACCAUCAACUACCUCUUGGAAAGAUUUAUCAAGCACAAUUUUGAGGGCCUUUGGAUCCACCCUAAAGCAGGAACGAUCCUUGGAGCUCUAGAUCUCGGUGGUGCAUCAACACAAAUCUCAUUCAUCCCAAAAGACCCAGUGAAAGUCCCAGAUUCAGCUUCUAAUCUCCAACUCUAUGGGUACAAGUAUGAGUUGUACACACACAGCUACUUGUGCUACGGCAAGGACCAGGCUUUGAAGAAACUUCAGGCAUACCUUCACAAGAAUGCUGGACCAACACAAUUUAUCAGUCACCCAUGCUACCACAAUGGAUAUAUACUCAAUGUCACUAUGGCUGAACUUUACAACUCCCCUUGUGUGGUCAAACCAAACAAUUUUACCCCCACGGCUAUACUCACUUUCUCAGGAACGGGUAAUUCAUCCCUCUGUCUUUCUCUAAUGGAGAACAUUGUUAACCUCACCGACUGUGCCUUAUCACCAGACUGUGGUUUGGAUGGUGCCUAUCAGCCUCCUGUCAAUGGCGAAUUCUUUGCUUUUUCAGCAUACUUCUACACCUUUGACUUCCUUGGCCUUGCCCCAAAAGCUCCACUGACACGGGUUGUUUCCACUAUUGAGACUCACUGCAACAAAAACUGGACCACUCUUACUGCUGAAAAUCCAGGCAUUAAGGCAAAAUAUCUGAAAGAUUAUUGUGCUUCUGCUCAUUAUAUUACGACUAUUCUGCUGAAAGGAUACAAGUUCAAUGACACCUGGGAUCAAAUCUCUUUUGAGAAACAGGUAGCAGACACAGAUAUUGGCUGGACAUUGGGCUACAUGCUGAACCUGACCAACAUGAUUCCCUCUGAACAUUUCAGAGCGGUGACAGGGGUGCCACACAGUCAAUGGGCGGCUCAGACGUUCUUCAUCGUAUUUGCCCUAUUCCUCAGUCUACUUAUUAUAGGCAUCUUGUUUGUCCAUGAUCCAAAGCACUAAGUUGUGUGUCACGAGUGACUGUGUAUGUUUACAUUAAUAUUUAUCACUUAUAUUUCACAUAUGAAGAUCAGCACACAACUCUUUUGACUACUCUUUGAGAUGUUUUCUUCACAAAGACCUUACAAACAGUGAAAUAAUCUAUACACUUUGACAUUGAUAACAAAAAUGAGAUAUUUCUACAAAAUAUAGCUUUUUGUGAGUUUUAAGUUAUUUAAAGUAGUGUCUUGUUUUGAAGGCUGACUAGUUAUACUUCGAUUUAGUCUGUGCAAACUAAUAAUUCAGUAAAUUGUUAGAGAUUUUUCAUCAUUUAUAAACUCUGAAUCGUAAGAGUAUAGUUUUUUUUUAUUUGUUUGUAUUUAUGUUUACCUCCACUCAGCACUUACAGUAGACAUUAAAUAUAUGUAAAGUUACAUUAUUAUGUGUGAUAUUAUAAAAAUCAAACCAUUAUUGUGCUUUGUACAUAUUUAUAAAACACUGAAAUUAUAUUUCCCUUAAGCAAUGAUAUAUAAGCAGUUUAUAUUUUGCCUUUGCUUUUUGCGAAGAGACACUACCUUCAAAAGUUUGGGAUCAGUAAGAUUUUAAUAUAUAUUUUUAAAGUGUAAUUUAUUUCUGUGAUGGCAAAGCUAAAUUUUCAGCAUCAUUACUCCAGUCUUCAGUGUCACAUGAUCCUUCAGAAAUCAUUCUAAUAUGCUGAUUUGGUGCUCAAGAACCAUUUCUCAAUUAUUAAUGUUUAAAAUGGUAGUUCUUAUUAAAAUGUCUGUGGAAGCUGUGAUAUAUUUUUCAGGAUCAUUGUUGAAUAAAAGUAUACUUUUUUUUUUUUUUUUUUUUUUUAAUU